GUUCACUCUCAAGUGACCACAAUGAUUCCAGCCAAUGAUGGCGACAGCGCCAUUGGUGGCAUGCGAUGUGCCUUAUGCAAGCUACUGCAAGGAUGUCGACAAAGCCACAAUGCUGAGCUGGAGCCGGUGUGACUUGUUCGCCUUCGGCUCAGCCUCACUGCACCGCAGACUGACCUCUUCAUCUGCGAUUGUUCUGCUCUGUCGGCCACUGACUUUGUAGACGUUUCACGUCGUCAAAGUCAGACGGUUGAAUAGCCAGCAACGACCAUGGCUGAGGUCAUUGACGUCGUAGCUGCAGCUCUAGAAUUCACAAAGGUCUUCCUGGAGCUCAAGGAGAUUUCCACUUCAAGCGCACACGCCCCGGAAGAACUGCACGAACUGAUUGAGGAGCUAAAUCUUAUCGAUGACAUUCUGCGGACAUUAGCCGAGCAAGAUGCAUUAAUGUCCGAGUACGCUCCUCCGAUGAUCACUCAAAAAUGUCGCGAGUCCUGCAAGAACGCUGUGGAAAUCCUCAAACCGCUUUGUAUCCAGCUGUCAAAGAGCAUCGAACGAUCGAGGUGGCGAGGCUCGCUCAGAACAGUACUGAAGGAUGCGUCCAUCGAGAAGGCUAGAAGACGCAUCGAAAGGGCGAAGAGCAACCUGAAUCUAGCACAAAUGGCCACGCUCAGUGUGAUGAGUACCCUCAAUCUCCAGCAGCAUGCAAGCACACAGACGCUAGUUGUUUCUGCAAUGAUUAUGGCAUCGAAAUUGGACAAUGGCGAUAAUGUAGAGCGUCGACAUUGCAAGCCGAACGUGGCGCAAUCGACUUGCACUGGCACGAUGGACUCCCAUCAUCAGAGCUGUAUUUUCAAUUCAGAUACAGUAGCCCAGAUUGAGAAGUGCCCAGCACGACGCAGGGUAGCACGAUAUGCUACUUCACGGCUGAUUUUGCAGAGUCUGUGGCUGGGAAAGCGGUUCGAAAUCAUCCGGGACCGUGCAGGCGGAAUGUCGACUUUCACAUUCAGGACUUACAAUAUAUUGCCUAGAGAUGCACCUGUCUUCUUUCUCGCUCGACGGGGUGACGUUGCAGGAUUGCAGGCGCUUUUCCAAAGGAGGGAUGGUACCAUCUUUGACAGAGACGAGAAUGGCCAGACACUGCUUCAUCACACCUGGGUAUCUGAACAGCAAUCAAUGUUAACGUUCCUCCUUCAACAGGGAUGCGAUAUCAAUGAGACAGAUUUUUGGGGUCAUACAUGCUUUUACUCGUUCCUCAUGCAGCCUCCAGCCCUUCACACCGACACCUUGCACGCUCUUACAGCAACCUCCUCUAUCGACGUGGAUCCCGAAAUUGUUUACGCAGCUGCGAAGUGGCAGCCACUGCUUCUUACUAACAUCGUCUCGAUGGCUUCGCCUCCAUGGUAUAGUAUGGAUCUCGCCACGCGGCUGCCAGCCGCGUAUGCUGGAUGUAGGUCUUCUGGGAGUUUGGACGGUUUCUGGUGUCUUUUGUCACAGACCCAUUUGGACGUCUCGUGCUUGACCGGGAGGAUCGACCAGCCAGAAGAGGUCUAUGUCAGUCUCGUAGAGAGGUUGGCUCGCACAAUGUCGGCACCACCUUGCCCGGAUCUCGAGGGAUGGCGAUCAUUAUUGCGAUCAGCAGUCGAGUUGAACGGCUUCGGUGUAGCUUUCAAAAAACACUGCAGCUCGCCUAUGCUAAGUUAUCUGGGAUUUUCGGGGUCUUUACUAGGACACUUCUAUGGCAGCCUGUCGGAUCUCAAUCACCACCGCUUGUCAUGCAGGAUUCAGAACUGGGCACGUGAAGUCCUUCUAGCCGGUCAAGAUCUGCAGACCUAUGGUCACUGGGAACAGGACUUGCUUCUCCAUACUAGGCCAGAAUAUGUGAUGUCGGGGUACGGGUACUGGUGGUACUGCCCUCCCAUCAAGGUCCGGUUGUUGAACUUUGUCUACCGGCCUUCACCGGAAGACUGGAAGAUAUGGGCAUCCACAUCACUAGACGAGCAUGCGGGCGAGUUUUGGCAAGGUGUCCACUUUGCGGAGCCCGUUCUUGCUAUUCCGGGCUCCUGGCCUCUAACAAACCCUUCCCACAGUGUAGACCUCGACCUCAACAACUACGUAAUGUCGAGGAGGGGGCGUCGGCGAAUUUCACGAUAUCUCGAGUUGACUUUGGCCGAUUUAGAAACGCGGUUCUAUUAUGAAUACGGCUCACUGAGCUCAGCGGUUGAACACAAUGUGCAGAAUGGGAAGAAGAAGAAGGCGGAAAGAAGACAAUUUUACGCGAAACACGGCAUUACUCCACCUUAUCGAGAGCUCGUCAGCUGAAGGCAAAAUCUUUGAGUGUGAUUCCUUUCGCAAGGCCGCAUGAUCACGACACGGAGGCAAGAGGGAUGGAAAGCGUCGCCUUCUCCCAUCACAGCCGGGGUUUUCGAGUCCGCUCUCUCAGAUUCUGGGCUUCCUAAGACGAGCUAAUGGUAUUGCGCAAACACGAAGGCAGAGAGAAAGGACGCGGAAUUGCUGGAUUUUGAAAGUCACCACUCCGA